AUGUCGAAUCCAUCAACUUCAAACACUUAUGUACCUAGUGGCGGUCCUCCGUUUGUUGGAAUUCUCUUUUGCCCGGAGUGUAACAAUAUGUUAUACCCAAAAGAGGACAAAGAAACCAAGACUCUUUUUUACGCCUGCCGCAAUUGUUCGCACAAACAACUUGCCAAGAACAAGUGCGUUUACGUCAACAAGAUCGUGCAAGACGUAGACGAAUUAAGGAAUAUCGUCCCUGAUGUUGUCAAUGAUCCAGCUUUGCCGAGGACUGAUUGCCAUCCAUGCCCUCAGUGUGGUCGUCAAGACGCAGUUUUUUUCCAAGCCGAAAGCCGAAGAGCUGAAAGCGAGAUGAGACUGUAUUAUGUGUGUCGAAACUCAAAGUGCCUACAUCGGUGGACUGAAUAA